GUAUAAUGGAGCCGGAAAACUUUGUAAAAACUGAACAUCCUGGACUCACAUCUGAAGAUUAUUUUUAUGAAGUAACUUGGGAUCCACCUAAACCUACUGAUAAGAAAAUUACCAAUUAUACAGUAUAUUGGUGUGAUAAUGACCGAGAUCGACCAUAUCAAUGCGAGGGUAUCCUCAAUUGGACAGUACUGCCAGGAGAUACGUUCAGGUACAACCUAUCCUUGGCAAGAAAAAAAAUUUAUCAAUUUGCUAUAUCGGCGAACAGCGAGACUAGUACUAGCGGCAUGACAUGGGCUGAGUGUACCAUAAUCGCAAAUAAAAAUGUAGGCAAAAUGAGAAAUGUUUGGAUAACUCAAGUCGGAUCAACAUUUAUUGAACUGGGCUGGAAGUUAGAGUGUACAGAUGGAAUUAGAACAGUCACAGGUUACGUUAUUGAGUACUGUCCAAUAAAAUCUACUCAACAUAAAGAUUGUACGGAAAAUAAGAGACGAAACGUAACAAUUGAAGGAAAUAAAAGUACACAGUCUGGUAGGGUAGAAAAUCUGAAACCAUACACAAUGUACCUUAUCACGAUUAGUGUGAAGUUGAGCAACAGCACUUAUAGCCACUCUAGUGAUACUAUGCGUAACACCACUUUAGAGGCAGCCCCAUCUACUCCUCCCAUAGAUAUCAGCAUAUACAAUGUGACAAAUUCGUCCAUAUCUUUGAAGUGGUCCCCCCCUCUCGAGAAAAACGGGAUACUGAAAUACUAUCGCAUUUAUUACAGAAAUGAAACCCAAGAUGUUGAUAAAGAUAUGUAUAAUUACACUCUUACUGGUUUGAAGAGCUACGAAAAUUAUUCAAUAUCCAUGCAAGCAUGUACAACCGAGUGUUCCGAAAAGUCGCCAAAGCAGUAUAAAAUGACCAGAAUGUGGUUACCAGGAGUCAUAGACAGACCGAACGUUAUUUUCCAAAAUGACACAGUCACCACGAUAGGUUGGAAGAAGCCUGAUCCCCCUAGAGGUGAAAUAAACUAUUACCAAGUUAAAUUUACCCACAAUAUUUUGGAAAAUGUCAGCAUGGAACCUGAUGUGAACGUGACAAAUGCCCAAAACUACAGCAUCGAAGAUUGCGGAGAAUCUGGCAAGUAUAAUACGUUCUUCGUAACCGUACGAGCGGUGAACAUCAUUGAUGGUGAACAUAAAGCUGGACCUUGGAGUGAACCGCUGGAGUCUUACUGCAGACAUUAUUCUCCUUUGCUCUAUAUCAUCAUCAGCGUUUCUUUGAUAUUCGUUGCAGCAGGAUUAUUUUUGGGCUUCAGAAAGUUGUAUGCUUGGUGCAAAGUGAUGCAAGACGUUGAAGUUAAGCUUCCUCCUGGUUUGGCUCCGGUUGUAGAACAACGUGAAAUAGUGCUAUGGGGAUCUGAAAAACAUCCUGACGAUAUUGAUAGGAGUUCUAGGGCAGAUGAACAGCUUCUGUUGGAGAAAAUUUCUGAUAUCCGUACAAGUGCGGAAUCUAGCGGCUGUAGUUCUGGACACGAGAGCAUCACUUCCUCCCUCGAUUCUACACACAUGUCGAUAGAUUCCGGAACUGAUCAGCCAAGGAAUAUGAAGGAGGAGAAUAGAAGGAAUUCACUUCGACAACGGAAUGUAUCUAGCAAAGGUUAUGUUUUGCCUGAUGCUAUUCCGACAAACAACUGGGGAUCAAAGUUGGCCCCGGCACCAGCAGAGAACUACUGUGUGCUAGGCGUUGAUCCUACCAACAAUUCAGAGGGAAAUACUCCAUAUCAGCCGAUAACAGAUAUCAGUUCCAGCUUAUCGUCGCCUUACAUAUCAUGCGAUCUUCCGCCAAACAUACCUCCCUCUUUGCUGUUGACAGCAGAUCUAAUCAAAACCCCUAACCCUGGAUAUGUGCCAUAUUCUGCCGAAGAACCUGCUAGUAAAAAUACUGGUUAUGUCGUAGCGGGUAUUACAAAAGAUCUGUUGGGAGGCGACAUUUGUCAAUCGGUAAUAAAUCCGAGCACCACUAAAAUCGGUGAAAAGCCUUACAUGAAGCUCGGAGAAAUCUCCACCGUCGUCAAGGGCCCCCAAACUUUGUGGCAACCCCCUACAGAUAUGACAAUGAAUAAGGCGGGGUAUGUAAGCGUGGGAGAUGCGUGUCCGCCAAAAGCCAUGAAGGAGGUUACCAAGGGUUACGUUCCGCAUAGGCAGUUUGAAGCUAAAGCUUUGAAAGAAGAUUAAUUGCUACAUUCAAUUUUAUCUCGCAGUGUAGUUUUAUGGAACCUUCGUGAAUAUGAUGGACAUAAAUAUUUUAUGGUGAUGUUAAGUGUAAGUGGUAUCUUCAGAAAGUGUCAUUUAGUUUACUUGUUAGUGCUUCAAUUUGGCACUGAAUAUUAUGUUGUUUUUCUGAAUUUCUAUUACUAUUGGCACUCUCUAGGCAGCACAGAAUUUGGUAAGGUAUACAGGUGAAGAAAUUGGGAUGUUAUCUGUCGAAAUACAAAUUUGGUUAUAAAUUGAAGUAAGGUAUUAUUUAUUUUCGCGUAAGUUUCGUUUUUUCAUCUAGUGUAUCUGCCAACAUCAUCAUCCGUCAAUAGUGUGUAAUUUUCUGGUAAAAACACAACUUGAACAGUUCCAUAAAUAUUCUGUUUUUCAGUUAAGAAUUCAGAUCUGUGAUAAUCGUAAUUUAUUUAAUUAUUUUCAUCAAUUUUAUAUUCAUUGAUUUUAUUCUGCAACUGUAUCUGUAUAUACCAAGAUAUUUUUUUGUCUCUUAUUUUCAUUACUUCAGAAAAAAUUUGAAUGAAAGAUAGGUUUAACUUUUUAUUAUUUUUUAAGUUCAAAUUGAAGCAGACCAGCUGCAGUGGGUGCAGAAUUUUUUAAUAUCGUGUAUUAUUCUGUCAUUGUUCAAAAUUGACUUGAAAGUU